AUGCUACUCGAGGCGUUCUCUGAAUACGACCUCAUCCUGUCCCACAGGUCCGUAUGUCGACUUCAGCUAGGCGAUCCGACCAAGAGGGAUCCCAAGCUUCCAGAAACUGUCGAAGAGCGUCGCGACAGAAUCCUGAAGAGUUUAGGCUUCCCCACCGCCGUUGAACUCGGCCAUACUCUCGUAGCCUGGGCAGAGUGGCACGAAUGGGCCAUCGCGACGAUGACGAAGGCCGUCGUGAUGCUCGAAGGCGGCCCCGACACGCUUCGCCUCCACACGAAGAACUCCAGGUUCAUCACUUGCGUCGUCUCCCCCCUCCACGACACUGAGGUCGGGGCCAAUCCUGGAAAUGCGUUCCAUAUUCACUCCGUCUCCGUCAACAACGCCUCGGACUUCGACACUGGGUCCCCUGCACCGAAGAAGACGUGGGCGAACGGGGAGGAUGGGCGCUUGAUGGACAUGGGCAAAUGGCUACGCUCGAGUACCAAUCCGUCAUUCGCAGGUCUUGUCUCGGUCGUGUACCACAUCCAAGACACUGGCAUGGCCUUCACCCACGUUGCACCCGUCUAUCACUCGCGCGCGGCUCAACCAUUGAGCGACCUGAACGCGAAGGUCUGCCGGGAUGUCGUCGGGAUGAUCAAGGGUACCACGAACGCGGGGUCCAUCCUGCGUGUCGAGAAGGACGACGGCGUCGUUCCUAUUCCGGGGGUUCUGCGGCGCAAGAAGAAAGACUGGCAGUGGCGCUCGAUAUUCGGCGCCGGGUGCCUGCUGGCCUCAUGGGACCACAUGGGGGCCCUCAUGCCACCGUCUACCACCAAGUCAGGACUCAAGCCACAAGCUCUAUUCGAGAAAUUUGCCACUCUGUAA